AUGUUAUUUGCCCUGUGGAAGACCGGCAAAACCAAAAAGAGCUACUCACUCGUCCAACAAGCUCGGAAAAGAGUCCAGAAUGCCAAGUCCAAGCUUCUGCAAAUUCUAAAUGAGCAGGUCGAGUGGCUACAAAACUUGGGCGAAAGUAGCAAAACUAAAUACAGCGAGAAAGACCUUGCUAAAAUGCUGCUGGCAGUUGGAAAUUACAGACAGUAUUUGAAGCUCAACCCAUCGAAAGUAGGCAAGUUGGAAAGGGCCUUGUUACAAUACUUGGCAAGUGGGGAUCCUCAGAAACCAAGUUUCUCCAACAUAUGCUCUAAACUAUACAAAGAGCUCGCAGAAUUAGAUGUAACAAGCCCUAUGGUAUCGGUAAAACACAAUGAGCUUUUGAACACCUAUGUCUAUCUGUUGGUACGCAUUGAUGCCUGCAGAGGUUAG